AUGCAGAAGGCAGUCCCAGACAAAGGAGGGCGAUUCCUCCAGGUGCUGCUGGUGGGCAGAGGUACCAUCUUGCUGGAUUUCCAGCGUGAGUUAAACCUUCAAAGUAUGAAAAAAGGAAAGGAACUCCAUGCUCAUUUGAACGGCUGUAUCAGUUCUGCCACAAUGAAGAAACUUAUGGCCCAGAAGCCAAACCUUCAGAUCCAGAACGGGAUGACCAUGAUUGACAAAGGAAAGAAAAGAACCUUAGAUGAAUGUUUUCAGAUGUUUCAGAUCAUCUAUCAGAUUACCACUAGGACUGAAGAUAUUUUACUGAUAACUAAAGAUGUUAUUAAAGAAUUUGCUGAUGAUGGUGUCAAGUAUCUGGAGUUGAGGAGCACUCCUAGAGAAGAAAAGUCCACAGGUAUGACCAAAAGGAUGUAUGUUGAAACUAUACUUGAGGGUAUAAAGCAGUGUAAAGAAGAAGGCUUGGAUAUAGAUGUAAGACUGUUAAUAGCAAUAAAUAGAAGCGGUGGCCCGGCAGUUGCUAAGCAGACUGUUAAACUCGCUGAAGAGUUCCUUCUUUCCACUGAUGGGCUUGUAGUAGGACUUGACCUCAGUGGUGAUCCCACUGCAGGACAUGGUCAAGAUUUUUUGGAACCACUCUCAGAAGCAAAAAAAGCAGGUCUAAAGCUGGCACUGCAUCUUUCAGAG